GCAGUGGGUCAAGAAGCUAGUUGAGGCAGGAUUCAGUCACAGAGUAAUGCUCUCUCAUGACAUCCACACCAAACACAGACUGGUGGCCUAUGGAGGUCACGGAUAUGGUCAUCUGCUGGAGAAUGUGGUGCCCAAGAUGAAGGACAGAGGAAUCAGUGAAGAUAUCAUCUCCUCCAUGAUCACCGACAACCCUCAACAAUGGCUCACAUUCGUGUGACUACGAAUUUUAUAUCUGUUUUUUCAUACCUGUUCUGAAUGAAUUACCUAUAAUUAUUAUGGACUAACUUACAAUUCUUUCGAUUCUCUUUAUCACAAUGUAAACAAGGCUGUGUGCUGCAGACCACAGAAAACCAUGCAACCACGAAUGCAGAACAAUAUAACUUCUGUCAAGUUCUGCAAGUGCAAAACUGUCCCAGGGGCC